AUGCCACCUACUAGAAAAUAUGUUUCUAGAUAUACAAAACGGCUUAGAAAAAGAAAAAUCGAGGAAUUGACUCAAUCUCAAAGAGGAGCUCUUGAUAGAUUCAUUGUUAGAGAAUCACAUGCUACAAUUGAUGAAAAUAUUUUCAAUGAACAAGAACAAGAUGAUGUUGAGGAAUUGCAAGAUAUUGAAAACAAUAUGGAUGAAUGUGCGGGUAAUGCUGAGCAGAAUGAGAAUGAUGAUAAUGAAAAUGCUGAUAUUGAUGAUCAUAAUGAAGAUGUUGAAGAUGUAGACAUAGAAAAUCAUAACAAUGAGAACAUCACUGAUUUAUUCAAUGAAGAACCAAGCCAGUCCAUUCCAUUGGAUAUUUAUGAUCCAAGAAAUUGGGAUAAUAUUGAUCCCAAAUUCUGUGACCUAUUAGUGGAAAAAGGUCCUGUAAGAGAUCUAUUGAUAGGAAAAGGUCCUAAAGAUCAUUUACAUAGACGUUUCUCUUCAACAUUUUACACUCGUUAUUUGCCAAAUGGAGAGCAACAUGAUAGAGAUUGGCUAGUGUAUUCAAAGGAUCUUAACAAAAAAAAUAAAACAAUUGAUGGAGUUGUUCAAAACCGAAUCAAGAAAGAGAAAGAGCAUUGGAGGAACUUAUUAAAAAGAUUAAUUUCAAUUGUGAAAUAUCUUGGAAAAUAUAGUUUAGCUUUUCGUGGAAGUAAUGAGAAGAUCCAUGACAUAAACAAUGGAGCCAUCCCAAUCAAUUCCUGA